CAUAAACCAUAACAAUCUAUUGUAGCUAAAACUCGAGACCUCGAUGAUUGAGGCAUUUCGAGGGGGGAUCUUAUUCUCUCUUCUACGGAACAGCCCAAUUGUGUUGUGUCUUACCCGACCGGAGGAUGAGCCAUCACAAACCAUCACCAUCAAUAUAUGUAAUUGUACGGAGUAUACGUGCCUGGCUGGCUGUUGUACCACCCUCCUUCCACGCCCAUCAUUCUAUCAAUGCCACCAUCGAUCCAAUCCAAGACAAACCCCCAGUAGUAAUAUCAAGAAGCAAAUAACACCCCCAAGUGGAACUCAACAAUGGUCCUGAGUAUUUCGCCCGCUCAAGCAACUACUAACCUCGAUCGAUCUCCAUCUUUCAUCCUGUCGAAUCUGAGCUUGCCGUGCCAAACCCUCUCACGCUUCACCCCACUCCAUCUGCACCCAGCAAGAUCGAGUAAUGGUGAGUGGGGGUGGGCAGAGAGGCAGUCUUUGCCUUCAGUCUCUCUAUCGUUGCUUCACUCUCAAGCUCGGGAGGGAGUGAAUGCCCUGCCUGCCCAUCUGACCAGCCAUCGCUGCCCGAAGGGCCCCGUCCUAGAGAAGUUUAAUCAUCACGAUAAUCCCGCAUGUCGCUUGACAUUGAUGACCCUGAGCCGGACAGACGGAUAUGCAAGAAGCACUGAGUUGACUGCCUCUGCCUAUCUGCUUCUUUCGCCUUGCUUUGAGGAACAAGAAACAAAAAAACAGGAACAGGCACAGGAACAAGAACCUCAGCCCUCAUCCCUCAACCCUCAACCCUCAACCCUCAAACCCCUCCUCCUCUCCCUUCCCGUCCAUUGCCCUAUUGACACAUUGUCCCCUCCUAUAGACUGUCUUUAGAGCAAGACUCCGUAUGGACAACCUACCCAGGGCGGACUCUAUUCCCUGGCUCUCCACCCCACGACCAGACAAAACAAAUCAAAACAAUAAACAUUUCCGCCCUCCUCCACUACAGUACAGUUAUACAACGGAAUGAAAAUAUACAUCGAUGAAUCCAAUCCACGAACCGGCCGAG